AUGGCUAAAAAACCAGUUUUAGAGGAUGUCAUUGAUGAUGAUAUCGAUAACAUGGAUAUGGAUAUCGCUCAAUUUGAUCCCUCUUUAAUAACACCUAUUGCACCUUUGAGACCAGAGCCAUCAGUUGUUAGAUCGCAAGACGAAGCAGACUUAAGCGCUUCUUCGAAGUUAGCUGCUGGCAAUGUACCUCCCUUACCUCGGCAAGAAUCACAAGCUCAAAAAGGGAUUUUUGAUACUAAUAAAUUUAGCGACGAAGAUAGACAGAAGAUCAAGAAGUUUCAAAUAAUAUAUCCUUGUUAUUUCGACAAAAAUAGAUCCCAUAGAGAAGGAAGAAGGAUAGCUGAAGACAAGGCAGUGGAAAAUCCUUUAGCAAAAACAAUAUCAGAUGCUUGUAGACUAUUGAAAAUACCGGUGCUACUAGAAUUGGACAAAACUCAUCCUCAAGAUUUUGGUAAUCCAGGUAGAGUAAGAGUUAUGUUGAGAAACCCGGACGAUGGGUCUUUAAGUAAUGGACGGUUUCAAUCUAAGAGAGCAUUAUUUGACGCAAUUGCGGAAUAUUUACAAAGUCAUCCUACAACUCUUAAAAGCAUCGGACCAGGAAGUGGUCUUCCUAUUCCAGGUGAAUACGAAAAUGGGUUUGAGCCAAAAGAGAUUCCUAAGGUCAAAGGGUUUAGGAUGAAUACAAUUGCGCCUGUGCACUCUGAACUUACUAUAGGACACCCAAUGACAAAAAGUAUCUAUGAUCCAGAACCAGAGGAACGGCAAUCUACUACUCCACAGUUGCCAAAGCAACCGAAGAAAAAAAUCAUGAAAAUAAGAGGUUAA